GAAAAAAAAACAACUAAAAAGAUGGUAUUAUUGGCCUGUAAAUGUCUCAACAUCAAGCUCUUUAUAAAGCAUACAGAGAAUGAAUAUAGACUAGCGAACGAACAGAAUCUCAAGGGUGAUUAUAUACCAACUGGAUUUUUUCCGUCGGGUGAAGUUGAAGUUGAAUUAGACACAAAAGGAAUUUUGCAGGAACAUGGUUACCUAGUACAUCGCCGUAAGCAUGGCAACUACUUGGUGUUCCGAUGUCUCAAUUGUGGUAUGGAUGCCUAUGCUAUGCACAUGAAUGGUUCUCCAAUUGUUGUAAAUAAUCAGCUGCUGAGCGACGCUACUUCCAUAGACAGAUUGAAGCAUUCACCAGAAUAUUCCUGUGUGUUUCAUAUGGUGCUGCAAAACAAGGAUACUCAGUUUUCAGGAUCAAUGCCAGACCCGAAGUCGUCUAGCUAUGAGAAUGUACAGUCAACAUUGAACUCUAUACAGAGACAGCUGACAGAUUUCAUUAUCCAGGAGGAAGCUGCUGUAGACGAAAGGAUCAGAGCAUUUGAAGAGGCCCAGAGAGAAGCUUUCCAAGGAUUGCAGACAAAACUGAAAGAGGAGAAGAAGCAAAUGAUCAGUCUGUUGUUGACAUCUGCACAGUUUGAGACUAACAAUACAGAAGAGACACAAAGAAAAGAUUCUUCAAAGAGAUUAACAGAAGCAAGAAAAUCACCAGCUAAAAAGAAAACAGUGAGCCGUGUGAAGUCAUUACCUCCCAUGAUGGAAAAAGAUCCAGAUGAUCCACUGUUUUCAUUUGAUGGGAUGGAAAGUGAGGAACCCUUCUAUCAGGAUUCUUCCUCAGAUGAGAAUGAAGAUGAUGAAUCAUUUGUUACCGAGCUGCCAAGGACGAGAUCGAAACCAGAAAUGAUGUAUUCCUCCUCGGUACCAGUUUCUGUGCCAGCCUGGAACCGGCAACACCGAACUGACUUCCUCGACGAAUCAGAGGAUUUGACGCCAUCAGAGCCUGAUCAGAUUGCUGCCAGUAUGCAAGCAUUGGCUCAACAAAGUAUUACGGAUGACAAUCGAUACAUCUUUGGAGACCGCCCUCGACCGAGACUCAAUACGGGAGAUUUUAAUAACCGAUGAGCUGUUUAUCCUCCCGCCAUUCUUCCAUUUGUGAUGUGAUGUAUAAAACCUGCUGGAAAUGAAAGCAACAUUUUUAUAAAUAAUUGACACAGACUCGCAUUAAGUUUGAUGUGGUUUCCAUUAAACACAAAGAGAAAAUCUCAGGACAGUAUGAGAUAAGAGAACCAUGAGAUAUAGAAAAAUAUUUGUAAAGAUAUUAAUGGUGCAGGAAAAAAGUGCUAUUUGUUUCAACUAGGAGUGUGACAGUGAGUUUUUGACAGUAUGAUACGAAUGUCAAGUUUAAAACAAAAACACCAAGAUGAGUUGUGAAUUAGAAAUAAUAACAAUCAUUGAACUGUAUAGGAAAUACAGUGUGUAAAUUUGUGAAAAAGAAAAAUUUGUUUGCUUCAUAUGAUAUUAAUGCUUACUUCUACAGUUUAAGGUCACGGACAAAAUCAGCAACAGUUCCCCCAACGUAUUUUUGUACUGUCACACCUGUGUUAAAAGACACUUUUGAACAGAGAAAACCUGUCUUUAUUGACUGCUAGUUUUAUAUUUGAUUCAGUUUGAUACACUGGUUUUUAACCUGUAAAUAGAGAUCAUUAAUUGGCUCAACCAAGCAUGGAUUUAUAAAUUUGUUUGACUGUAUAUAUUAUUUUCAUUUAUAAAAUGAAUAAUGUUCCAGGUUGGAAAGAAAGAAGGUUUUGAUAUGUAAAUAGAAACGAGCUGAGUGUGAUGUACAGAUACCAUGUAAAAUAUUUUGAUUACAUUUUUAACUUCUACAUGCAAGAACUGAAUAUAAUAUACUCCAACAUGAGCAGCUGUACUGGGUGUAGAUGAUAAGUAUUCUGCAUUUUGAUAAUUGUGUAAUAACAGUGUCUUUAGACUUGUAGAAGUACAUUUAGAUGCUGGUAAGAUCUGCGUCUUGUAUACCAGUAAACAGUGAAACUUUACAAUGUCUCGCAUUUUGCCUUUCUAUCAAGAUGGUCAGGGAAACACCAAGUGCCAGAAAAGUGCAUUUUUACAUUUCAUUUGCUUACGCAGUAAAGUGGAUAAAGUGCUUGAUUUUGCAUUUUGAGACAAAGAUUAUCUUUUUAUGCUUGUUAGUAAUCAUGAUGUACUUAUGUGUAACAACUGCUUAUACAGUAAAACUUGAAAAAAAAAUAAUGGUGCUUUCUGGAUAAGAUUACGGAUGCUUUGAAACAGCGGUCUGUGCUUUAUUUCACUGACGGAUGCAUUUUGUACAUAAAGCUUUGUGCUGAGUGUGGUUGACAAAGUCGGUAAAUCUGUGCAGACUGCAUAUGGGCAUUUUGAUGUACUGUGUAUCAUUCAUUUCAUUGUCAUAGACAUUGUGUUUUUGACCCAGAUUACUGCUUUUAUUACACGGGACAUGAAAUUGUGGAGAGCACAUUUUUAAAGUAAAAUUAAAGGGAAGAUUUCUGUUUGAUAAUAUUUAAUUUUGCAUGCUGAAUCAGCAAAACCCAAAACAAGUCCCCCUGGAUUACUGAUUUCACAGUUAGUCAUUUCUUUGAAUUCUCUAGUGUACAAGAGGGUUUCAUAUAGGACUGAGGAGAGGGGGAAUUUUUAUGCAUUUAUAUAUGAAUGUCAGAUCAUUUCAGUAAAAGGACACCACAUCAUAUAGCAAAUGUUGUAGGUUACUGUCAUUCGAACGCUUUGGUUUAGCAGUUUUUUUUGAUGGACUGAGGUUUGACUUAUUAUUGUUUUAUCUUUAAACAACAUUUCCCAAACCCAAACUUGUAAGAAAUAUUACACAUUGGUUUUCAUUAGUUUUCUCAGAUUUUUACAGUUACAAUUUAGAAACUUACCAUGAAAACUAUUAAGAUAAAUCUGACAUUAAUGUUAUUUCAGUUUGACCCACAUUCAGAAACCAUACAUGAUUUUGGUAGAGGACUUGCAGUGAAUGAUGGUACAUAUAGUUACAUGUGGAAAUAAGUUUGUUUCGCAUGGUUUGAGUAAAUUAUUUUUACAUAACUGGCCUAAUCAUCAAGAUCUUUGUACAUUCAGACCAAUUUUCCAGUUUGGUUGUCAGUUACUGAAUACUUUUAUCCAUAAAAAGAGAGAAUUCAACUUUAAUAUGGGUACCCAUAAUUGUAGUAAAUCUCUAUAUAUGAGCUACUGCUCCUCUCAUAUUUAGGAUAAAAGGGAUUACCUGUACAUUUUGAAUGUAAAAUUGCAAUGUUUUGAAUUUUGACAUCCCAGAAACUGCCUGAAAUUAAACAUGAAAGCCUGUAUUCAUAUAUUGUGAUAUGGUGCUUAAACUCAAAGAGUGAGUCAAGGCAUUGAAAUAGGCACUUUAUUAUGACAAAAUAUGUACCCAUACAAGCUAUGCCUAUCCGUACAAGUAUGAUACUCCAACCACUAAGAUUUUUCUAAGGAACUUAAAAUCAUGUAGAAAUUUAAUUUCUGCAGUAAUUUUAGGAACUGAAAAUAUAUUUGCAGUUUUUCUGGGUCCAACAAGUUUUGAACGGUGUAAGAUAUAAUUAUUACUUUGUUGCAAGUCUUUUGUUGGUAGUUUUUUUCCCUUCACAUGCUAUGCCACAUUUGUAUGAUAGACAUUGGAAAAAGAUUGUUUAUGAAUAAAAUGAAAAAUUUC